AUGGAGCCGCUUAGUGCUUUGCACGAACUUGCCCCCGCACAUGCCGCCAGUGAGUCAAACGCGCUCACCACUCCAUCUCGCCGCGUCGCAUGCAGAUCGCACGCGGCGGCUGACGUGGAGGAAGGCGCGCAGCAGGCGGACCUCCGCUCGCCGCUCCUCUCCGUUGGCGGAAGCGCGGGACCAAAAGAGCGCCACCACCACCACAGCAACAGCAUAGGCGGCGGCGCGGGCCCUUCCCCCGGCGGCGGCGGAAGCUCCGCGUCGGAGGGGAAGCUCGCGAGCUUCUUCCGCGCGGACUCCGCGUCUGAGCGCAAGCGCGACGACAACUGGGCGGUGGGCGCGAGCGGCGGCGGGCGGCGGUCGCGGCGGUUCCAGGUGGCGGGGAGCGCGCUGGUGUCGGGCAUGUGCUACUGCGCGUCGUCGUGCUCCAUGAUCCUGCUCAACAAAGUCGUGCUGUCUGGUUACCACUGGGACGCGCAAAUUUCGCUCAUGCUCUACCAGGCACGCCCCACCACCCCUCCCUCCCGCCCUCCCCCCCUCCCUCCCUCCCUCCCUCUCGCCCUCCCCCCCUCCCUCCCUCCCUCCCUCCCGCCCUCCCCCUCUUCCUCCCUCCCUCCUCCCUCCCUCCCUCCCUCCCUCCCUCCCUCCCUCCCUCCCUCCCUCCCUCCCUCCCUCCCUCCCUCCCUCCCUCCCUCCCUCCCUCCCUCCCUCCCUCCCUCCCUCCUCCCUCCCUCCCUCCCUCCCUCCCUCCCUCCUCCCUCCCUCCCUCCCUCCCUCCCUCCCUCCCUCCCUCCCUCCCUCCCUCCCUCCCUCCCUCCCUCCCUCCCUCCCUCCCUCCCUCCCUCCCUCCCUCCCUCCCUCCCUCCCUCCCUCCUCCCUCCCUCCCUCCCUCCCUCCUCCCUCCCUCCCUCCCUCCCUCCCUCCCUCCCUCCCUCCCUCCCUCCCUCCCUCCCUCCCUCCCUCCCUCCCUCCUCCCUCCCUCCCUCCCUCCCUCCCUCCCUCCUCCCUCCCUCCCUCGCUCCCUCCCUCCCUCCCCCCCCCUCCCUCCCUCCCUCCCUCCCUCCCUCCCUCCCUCCCUCCCUCCCUCCCUCUCUCCUCCCUCCCUCCCUCCCUCCCUCCCUCCCUCCCUCCCUCCCUCCCUCCCUCCCUCCCUCCCUCCCUCCCCCCUCCCUCCCUCCCUCCCUCCCUCCCUCCCUCCCUCCCUCCCUCCCUCCCUCCCUCCCUCCCUCCCUCCCUCCCUCCCUCCCUCCCUCCUCCCUCCCUCCCCCCUCCCUCCCUCCCUCCCUCCCUCCCUCCCUCUUUGCCUCCCCUACUUGCCCCUUCCGUGUCCCCUCUCCCUCCUUCCCGCCCUUCCUUUCUGCCUGUCUGCCUGCCUGCCCACCUGCCCUAUUCACCUUUCACCCUGCAUCAGGCUACGUCCACUCUCGUACGCCGCUCCCUGCCGUCUCCUCCUCUACUAACCUACUCUGCCAAUCCCACGCUCACAUGUCCCCCGUGCGUGCACAGAGUCUGAACCUGGUGAGCGUGACGGUGGUGCUGGUGCUCGUGUACAUGGGCGUCAUUGCCACGGAGCCCCUCACGCUGCGACUCAUGACCGUGUGGUUACCAGUCAACCUCAUCUUCGUUGGCAUGCUCGUCACCUCCUUCUUCAGCCUGCAGUACAUGCAGGUGGCCAUGGUAACCAUAUUAAAGAACGUGACGAACCUGAUAACGGCGGUGGGCGAGAUGUACCUCUUCCGCAAGCGCCACUCCUCCAAAGUCUGGGGCUCGCUCUUCCUCAUGAUCCUAUCGGCCUUCUGUGGCGGCUUCACGGACCUGGCCUUCCAUCCAGUGGGCUACACGUGGCAGAUCUUCAACUGCUUCUUCACCGCCGCGUACUCGCUAACCCUGCGCAAGGUGAUGGACAGUGCGAAAGCUGCGACCAAGAGCGGGCAGCUGUCGGAGUUCACGAUGGUGCUGCUCAACAACGCGCUCUCCUUCCCUCCCGCCAUCCUCCUCAUCAUCGCCUUCAGCGAAACCAAAUACCUCCUGCACUCUCCGCUGAUGCUGAACGGGGGCUUCUGGGUGGCGGUGACGCUGAGCGGGCUGCUGGGGCUCGCCAUCUCCUUCACGUCCAUGUGGUUCCUGCACCAGACCUCGCCCACCACCUACAGUCUGGUGGGGUCGCUGAACAAGAUCCCGCUCUCGCUCUUCGGCAUCAUUCUCUUCAAUGCGCCCACCAACGCUGCCAACAUCUCCUCCAUCCUCUUCGUGCAUCCACACCCCCCCCCCCCCCCCCCCCUUCUUCGGUGCGUGCCGCACUUGGCCUGCACCCUAUUUGCUAUCUCCACUGAGCCACUCCCCCUCACGGAGUAA